AUGGGUCUCACUGCGGACGAAGAAGCAACUUUGACCGAUGACGCCGUCCCUCUUGUUGGUAACGGAACUUUUUUCCAGCCUAUUGACCACAAUGAUCCUUCGAAGGGAACCUUUUCCACGUCCUUCUGGUAUAAUGCUACUAACUGGGGUGGACCUGGUUCUCCUGUCGUCGUGUUCACCCCAGGCGAAGUCGCAGCCGCAGGAUACGUUGGCUAUCUUACACCACGUACACUAACUGGUGCUAUCGCCGCCGCCAUCGAUGGCGCUGUUGUCUUGAUAGAACAUCGAUACUGGGGCGAUUCGAGCCCAUGCGAGAAUCAGACAACAACUUGCUUGCAGGAUCUCACUCUCCAACAAGCUGUCGAUGACUUCGUUAACUUUGCACAAAAUGCGCCCAUUCCAUUUGAUCCCAGCGGUUCUUCUAAUGCUGAUAAGGCACCUUGGGUCUGGGUGGGUGGUUCUUACUCUGGUGCCCUGGCAGCUUGGAUUGAGAAGUUGUCCCCUGGAACCUUCUGGGCGUACCAUUCCACUAGCGGUCCCGUUGAGGCUAUCUACGAUUAUUGGGAAUACUUCUACCCUAUCCAGCAGGGAAUGCCGAAGAACUGCAGCCGCGAUUAUGAAGCGAUCAUUGACCAUGUCGACUCCGUCUUCCGUAACGGUACAGAAGAUGAGAAGGCAGCCCUGAAGCAACAGUUCCUCCUUGAAGAUCUCGCCCACGACGAUGAUGCUGCCGUCGCCAUUUCAUCUCCAAUCUGGGCAUGGCAGAGCAUCCAAUUUACCUCCGGCUAUUCGCAAUUCUACCAGAUGUGCGAUGCCAUAGAAGGCGCAAGUGGUAACUCUAGUGGGAAUUACACGUCUGGCUAUGGCGACAAGGGUGUUGGCUUAAAAAAGGCGUUGCCUAAUUUUGCGGCCUGGUUCACUACCAACUACCUUCCAGGAUCGUAUACUGACUGGGCGUCUCUUAGAUUUUCGUGGGAACUCUUCAACGACUGGACACCCGAUAAUGCAGGAGACAGACCAUGGACCUGGAUGACAUGCAAUGAGCCUUUCUUCUACUGGCAAACUGGCGCACCUGAAGGAAUGCCGACGGUCAUGACUCGCCUGGCAACAGCCGAAUACUAUGAGCGCCAAUGCUCACUUUACUUUCCACCCGAGGGAAACAACACUUUCCGCAGCGCUCUGGGCAUCCGCGAGGACUACGUCAACGACCGCACAGAAGGAUGGUUCAAUACCGACGCUCCCCGCUUACUGUACGUGAACGGAGAAUUCGAUCCGUGGAGAUCGGGAUCCGUCGCCUCCGAGUUCAGACCUGGUGGCCCGUUCAAUGGGACCGAGGAGACGCCCGCUAUUCUUAUUGCUGGCUCGAGGCAUUGCAAUGAUCUCAUCAUGGGUAAUAGUGUUCAUCCACCUGUUGCAGCGGCACAGGAGGCCGCCAUUAGUCAAUUUGAAGCAUGGGUUGACGAAUGGAAAUAG